AUGGCGCCCAGCUUCGAUACUUUGUCCGAACAGGACCUCCACGAGGAGGAGGAGGAAGAGGUUGACUUCUCUGAUCUCAAGGCGCAGUACGAAGUCAAACUCGAGGAGGGCUUGGACACAUUCAUCGUCAUCGACGGACUCCCCGUCGUGCCCGCCGACAGCAAGCAGAAACUGGUCAAAUUCCUUUUGAGAAAACUCAAUGCCGUGGGCCACACCUCCGAAGAUGCGGUUUUCAUGCCGCUCACCGACAAGGGCAUGUCCGAAGGGUUCGCCUUUGUCGAGUACGAAACCCCCGAACAAGCUGUCGCCGCCGUCAAGCAGCUGCACGGCACCCCUCUCGACAAGAAGCACACUCUGCAGGUGAACAAGUUGAUGGAUAUUGAGCGCUACGGCCGCGAGGGCCGCGUGGAGGAGGAAUACAAGGCGCCCGAGAUGGAGCCGUUCAAGGAGAAGGAGCACCUGCGCUCGUGGAUGGGUGAUGCCAACGCCCGUGACCAGUUCGCCCUCUACCGGGGCGACAAGGUGGGCGUGUUCUGGAACAACAAGGGCAACCCACCGGAAAACGUCGUCGACCGCGCUCACUGGACACAACUUUUCGUGCAAUGGUCCCCCAAGGGUACAUACCUUGCUUCCGUCCACCCACAGGGUGUGCAGCUCUGGGGCGGGGCAUCCUUCUCGAAACAAAAACAAUUCCCCCACCCGUUCGUGCAGCUCAUUGAAUUUUCGCCACUUGAGGGGUACAUUACAACCUGGUCGUCGCGGCCAAUCCAGGUGGAGGAAGGCCAGCCGGUCCUGACCUAUGAGGAGGAUGGAAAGAACAUCAUCGUUUGGGAUAUCGAGUCGGGCAAGCCUCUCCGGUCGUUUGUCUCGCACGACCUAACCGCAGGCCCUAUUCCCGAGGGCGAGAUGCAGCCUAAGAAGAAGGUCCAGUGGCCCGCGUUCAAGUGGUCCGCGGAUGAGAAGUAUGUGGCGCGCAUGCUCCAGGGCCAGUCGCUCUCCAUCUACGAGCUACCCCGGAUGAACCUGCUGGGCAAGACCUCGGUGAAGAUUGAGGGCGUGAAUGACUUUGAGUGGUCUCCGGCCACGGUCAGCCGGGAAGGUACGAAGCAAUACGAGCAGCUUCUCUGCUUCUGGACUCCCGAAAUUGGCAGCAACCCGGCUCGUGUGGCGAUGAUGACCGUGCCAACGAAGGAGAUCGUGCGAACGCGAAACCUGUUCAACGUGUCUGAUGUCAAGCUGCACUGGCAAUCGCAAGGUGCCUACGUCUGCGUCAAGGUCGAUCGUCACUCCAAGUCCAAGAAGUCGAUGGCAACCAACUUGGAAAUCUUCCGGGUGAAGGAGAAGGGCGUUCCGGUGGAGGUGGUUGACAGUCUCAAGGACACAGUGAUCAACUUUGCCUGGGAGCCCAACGGCUCUCGAUUUACGGCCGUGUCUUUCUUUGCUACGGAGAAAAAGGGCAGCACAGCCGGCAACUUCAAGCUGGUUCGGACCGUCGAGAAGAAGACCAGCAAUGGCAUCUACUGGUCGCCAAAGGGCCGGUUUGUCGUGGUGGCAACCGUGCACUCGCAAUCUAGCUUUGACAUGGACUUCUGGGAUAUGGACUUUGAGGGCGAGAAGGUUGAGGCUGAGAAGGAUCUGGCGGCCAACCUCCAGCUGAUGAAGACGGCCGAGCACUACGGUGUGACCGACAUUGACUGGGAUCCCACUGGCCGCUACGUGGUCAGCAGCGCCAGUGUGUGGACUCACUCGAUGGAAAAUGGCUGGAACAUGCACACUUUCUCCGGCACCACCUUGUCCGAGAACCCCACCGAAAAGUUCAAGCAGUUCAGCUGGCGCCCACGCCCUGCUACUCUGCUCAGCAAGGAGGAGCAGAAGCAGGUGCGCAAGAACCUGCGCGAGUACUCGAAGGAGUUCGAGGAGGAAGACAAGUACGCCGUGGACAUUGCCAACACUGCUGUGGUGGAGACACGGAAGCGCGUGCUCAACGAGUGGGCUGCCUGGAUCCAGCGCGAGAAGGAACUCCUGGCCGAGGAGAGGGAGGCCUUCGGUCUGCCCGAGGACGCCGACUCGCCCAAGAAUGCUCUGGAUGCACCACCCGCCGGCACGGACGAGGGCGAGACAGUGGUCGAGGAGUUGGUGGAGGAGAUUAUCGAGGAGACCGAGGAGGUCGUCCUCUGA